GACUUUUUGUUCUCAAGUCUGCAGCAACACUCAUGGUUUCCACUUUCACUUUCAGCUUAUUACUAGCUGCAACAGUGUGGUUUUACCAAUCUCAGGCUUCAGAGGAUGCUGAUUGUGGAUCAGAGCUCGAGUUCCUGACUUGGGAGUUGAGGAAAUCGGCAAGAGAGCCUGAGUUCUUUAAAUGGAUGAUAGGGUUGAGAAGAAGAAUCCAUCAGUAUCCAGAGUUGGGAUUUCAAGAGCAUAAGACGAGUGAACUCAUCAGGUCCGAGCUUGACUCCCUUGGAGUUAAGUACAAGUGGCCGGUGGCCAGGACUGGAGUGGUGGCUUCAAUUGGGACAGGGUCUAAACCAGUCUUUGCUCUUAGAGCUGACAUGGAUGCUCUCCCUCUCCAGGAACUAGUGGAGUGGGAGUACAAGAGCAAGAUUGAUGGAAAGAUGCAUGCUUGCGGUCACGAUUCACAUGUCGCAAUGCUACUAGGAGCAGCCAAAUUGCUUCAAGAAAAAAGAGAUAUAUUGAAGGGAACCGUGAAGCUAGUUUUCCAGCCUGGAGAAGAGGGUUAUGCUGGCGCUUACCAUAUGUUACAAGAUGGUGUUUUAGAUGAUAUUGAUGGCAUCUUUGCCCUGCAUGUUCAUCCACAUAUACCAACAGGUACUAUAGCUUCGAGGCCUGGUCAAAUAGUUGGUGGUGUAGGGCUCUUCAAAGCUACAAUACAAGGAAUAGGAGGUCAUGGGGCAGCGCCACAUAAGACCAGGGACCCGAUUGUUGCAGCAGCCUUUGCAACACUUGCUCUGCAACAGAUUGUGUCUCGAGAGAAAAAUCCUCUUGAACCUGGGGUGGUAACAGUAGGGUACAUACAGGGCGGUCAAGCAGAUAAUGUGAUCCCAGAGAGUGUGAAGCUUGGAGGAACCUACAGGAGCUUGACUUCAGAGGGCCUCUACUAUAUCCAAGAAAGGAUCAGAGAGGUCAUGGAGCAGCAAGCAGCUGUGCAUCGUUGUACUGCUGUGGUCGACUUCCUGGAGGAAAUACCCCUGCCUCAUCCACCAAUGGCUAAUGAUCAAGCGCUCUACGAACAUGUGAAGAAUGUUGGUCAGGUCCUUCUUGGGAAACCAAAUGUGCGGCUUCUGCCACUGGCCAUGGCUGCAGAGGAUUUCAGCUACUUUGCUGAGAAGACUGCUGCUGCAAUUUUUGUUAUUGGUACAGGGAAUGAGACUCUGAAAUCAGAUAAAGGAGCACACUCACCCUACUUUUUCAUUGACGAGGAGGCUCUUCCAUUGGGAGCAGCACUUCAUGCUGCAAUUGCAGUCUCAUACUUGGAUGACCAUGACUCAGUAGAGCAUGUCUCACUCUUCAAUUCUGGAGAUAAACAGUGCUUAGCAUAUGAAGUGGUGUAAAUCCCCUUGCAUUACCACAAUGGUGGCAUCAUCCCGCCCUGAUAAUAAUAGCAUCCUUGGAUAGCCAUGGCUCAGGACUUGGUUAAAAAUUGUUCUGUUUUCAUAUCGGCCAAUUUGUAGCUUUACUAUGGUGAAAGUAAACUACGUUUGUUAACUCUUUUGGGUAAAA